AUGGUAACAAGAGCAGGUGGAAAGGCAGCCAGACAGGCAGCCGGGGUGGCUACAGAGCAUCAGUCAGGGCUGAGAGGCAGACCAGUCAAGUCCCUCCUCCGUCUCCUGAGGAAACAGAGAAGUGGCUCUGAGGUGCUGGUGGUGCUGGUGCUGGUGCUGGAUGGAGAGGUAGAGGGAACUCACGCCGGCACGAGUCCUUCAGGUGCGAAGACGUCGCAGCAGACAGCUGAUCAAGGCUCUCCUGUUAAUAGACAGGUGCCAGUAACACAGAGCUGUCCCCCUAACGGAGGGAGCCGACCAUUGGGCUGGCAGGCUCUGAGGCGAGGCUGGAAUACUGUCAGGGCGUCAGCUUUCCCUGGAUACAGCCGCUCCAUCGAGCUCCCCUCAGGGACCAGCUCAGAUCCCAACGGAAAGUCCCCCCCGAUGAAAACCACCAGCGUACAGCCCCUCAAGUAUUCUCCUCUGCAUCGGACGACUUCCACUGAACCCUACAGAACGCAAACUCUCACGCAAGGGACGAGCAGCGCAGAGACAUACAAGCCCCAUACUUCUUUACAUAGGACAAACUGUGUUCAGCCGAUAAGGGCAACAGUCCCGCUGCUCAGGUCCAACAGUAGCUCGCAGCCCGCACACAUCCAGACGAGCUCUGCCGUGACCACACUCAUCCCUCAGAACAAAGCUGGCUUCUCCUCCAUCACCAUAUCCUCCAGGAAAGUGAGCAGAUCUGCCAGUCUGCCCAGCUCCGGUCGCUCUUCCCUGUGUGGUUCUCCGCCCCCGACCCACCAGCCCAUGGAUCCAAACUCCAGGCAUUUCACAGUGCAGAGGAAGGCCACCAUAGUCAAAGUGACGGAGCAGAGGGUGACGUCCAUCCCUGCUCCAAGCACCACAAGCGUAGGUACGCCACCAGCGAGCCAGGGUCUGGACACAGUGGUCCAGAGAAGAAAGGCUACCAUCAUCAAAGUGACAGAGCACAGGGAGAGCUACAGUCCAGCCAAGGUGGGCUCUGUAGCGAGACCCCCAGGGUACAGACACAGCUACACAGAGGGAGGGUACCAGGACAGCAACACCUGGGAUCAGGGAAACCGUUCACAGCACUCAACAGGGCCUUCGUACCGCCAUGUAGAUUCCACUAAGACGCCAAACCCCUCUUUAACACCAAAUCCAGCCGCUUUAGAUCCAGAGAGAAAUGGUGGAUCUCUACACCGGUCCACACUGAGCCUUUUUGUGAGCAGCCCUCCUGCCAUAGCAUCGCCCACUCCCUCAGAGAUUUCCCCGAAAGCUGUUGGACAGAGAUCGGGCCGGCCGCAGAGACCACUGAGCUGCUAUGGCAAUGUGUUCGGACACACCGAGCCAAGCUGGGAGAAUGUGACCCAGCCGCCUGCCAGGAAAUUGAGCUUUGGGCUUCCACAAGAGACCGGUACCAACCCCGUGAACCACAACAGUCGUUUCAUCAGCCCCGGAUUGGCAGCGAGAGAAGCAGGUCAGCUGGUGGCCCACACCCUCACGCCAAAGAGAAGCGAGGAAGGAAGAGUGGCAGCACCGGAGGCUGCGGCGAGGAGAGCGUCUCCCUGUCUGACUCUCAUCCAGGCCCCUGAUCCCAACUCACAUCAGUCUCCACAGGAAGUGCUCGCCCUCAACGCAGCGGCCGUCAUAGCAAACAUCAAACUUCAAAGACAACUCAGCCAGAAGAAAACACCGAAUGGAAAUCCUCCGAAGGACUCCGCGCCAUCACUCCAGGGAAAUACAGAGACAAGUAUGAAGACACAUCCCGAUGGAAUCCCUGUCCAGCGUCACACUACGCCUCACGCUGCUGUGGUUCCGCUGAGCGUUGACCAUGAGACGUCACGUAGAACCGUUUCUCUACAGGAAGCGCUGCAGAGGUCCAGACCCGACUUCAUCCGCCGAUCCCAAGGCCGCCUGCAGGAGAUGGAGCGAAGGUCGCAGGAGAGGAAGAUGAGGGCGGGCUCGGUCACCAGUCGAUCAGGUGUCUCUAACAGGCAGAGAAGAGCCCACAGUGUGCAGUCCACCUCUGUGAAAGUGGCGGAGGGCUCCGGUGCUGUGCCACCAUUCAGCCGAGCCGCAGACAAACACGGCUGCUCCACCCACGCUGCUGCUGCUACUGCUGCUGUGGCAGAUAACACAGGGGGCGAUGGGCCCCUGCCAGAGGGCCCAGCCGGCCCUGAAAACCUGAAGAGUCAUGCCCACCUCCCCCAGACGGUGGGUGUGAUUUCUCUGAAGACUAAUGAGGACAGGGUGCUUCUCCCGCUGUCCCGUCCUCGCCGGCGCCUGCUUCUCAUCACCGGGGGGCCGCGGCUGGACGAUGAACCGCCGAGCCGCUCACCUCUGGCUCUCUGCUAUCAGCUGGAGCGGCUGCGUGACGAACUCCAGAGCGGGAAUUUAUCAAGCACGAGUGAUGGACACACGCCAACAGCGAAGCAGAAACACUAUGGGACAACUGUACCUCUUCAGCUGGUUGGACGAGACUGGAAACCAAUCAGCUCGCUCAAACCUCAGAGUCACCCUGCAUCACUGGAGCUCCUGAUUGAGGCGGAAGGUGAGCAGCUGCUCCUGGCUCUGGAGAAAAACGAGGGCCUGUUUGCAAGUAACUACACAGAAACCCAUUACCUGGAAGAUGGCAGUGCGGUCACAGGCGCUCACAACUUCACGGCAAACUGCUAUUACCACGGUGAGGUGCAGGGUCGCGUGAACUCAGACGUCAGCCUCAGUACCUGUGCCGGGAUUAAGGGUUUCAUAUCCCUCGAGGGCAAGUCCUAUGUACUGGAACCAUCUGCUGAUCACAAUGAUGGGACGCACUGGAUCUACUCGGCUGAACACCUCAGUUUGGCUCCCGGCACCUGCGGCCAUGAUCUAAACACCAGUCAUCCCACAGAACGUGCAGACAGCGGUCCAUUCAGGACGUUCAGCACAAGGCACAAACGCCAUGCCCAGACGACCACCAAGUACGUGGAGCUGAUCAUCGUGGCCGACAACAGAGAGUUUCAGAAGCAAGGCAAGGACGCGGACAGGGUCAAGCAGCGGCUGGCGGAGAUCGCCAAUUACGUGGAUAAGUUCUACAGGGCUUUGAACAUCCGAGUGGCUCUGGUGGGCUUGGAGGUGUGGAGCGAUGUGGACAAGUGUCCCGUCAGCCAGGACCCGUUCACCACCUUGCACGAGUUUCUGGACUGGAGGAAGGUCAAGCUGCUGCCUCAGAAGCCCCAUGACAACGCCCAGCUAAUCAGUGGGGUGUAUUUCCAGGGCACCACCAUCGGCAUGGCCCCCAUCAUGAGCAUGUGCACAGCGGACCAAUCAGGAGGAAUCGUCAUGGACCAUUCGGACAACCCCCUGGGCGCGGCAGUGACUCUGGCCCAUGAGCUCGGACACAACUUUGGAAUGAACCACGACACGCCGGAGCGGGGGUGCGGCUGCAGGGUGACAGCGGACCGCGGGGGCUGCAUCAUGACUCCCUCCACCGGGUAUCCGUUCCCGACAGUGUUCAGCAGCUGCAGCAAGAAGGACCUGACAGCCAGCUUUGAAAAAGGCGUCGGGAUGUGCCUGUUCAACAUGCCGGAGGUCAAGGUGCUCUACGGAGGUCAGAAAUGUGGCAACGGCUACGUGGAGGAGGGGGAGGAGUGCGACUGCGGGGAGCUGGAGGAAUGUGUGAAUCCCUGCUGCAACGCCACUACCUGCACUCUGAAGGAAGAUGCCGUCUGUGCACACGGACAGUGCUGCCAGGGCUGUCAGCUGAAACUAGCGGGCACCCCCUGCCGUGAGUCCAGUAACUCCUGUGACCUGCCGGAGUUCUGCACCGGCGCCGGCCCUCACUGCCCCUCCAACGUCUACCUGCACGACGGCCACGCCUGCCACAACGUGGACGGCUACUGCUACAACGGCAUCUGCCAGACCCAUGAGCAGCAGUGCAUCACACUGUGGGGGCCAGGGGCCAAGCCAGCCCCGGGCAUCUGCUUUGAAAAGGUCAACUCAGCAGGGGACCCCUACGGCAACUGUGGGAAGGACUCCAAGGGCUCCUUUGCCAAAUGUGAUGCACGAGACGCUAAAUGCGGCAAAAUCCAGUGUCAAGGAGGAGCUAACCGCCCAGUAAUUGGCACCAAUGCUGUUUCCAUAGAGACAAACAUACCCUUGCAGGGGGGGGGGAGGAUACUGUGCCGGGGUACGCACGUCUACCUGGGGGAUGACAUGCCCGACCCCGGCCUGGUGCUGACGGGCACAAAGUGUGGAGAUGGACUGAUGUGUCUGAAUCGUCGGUGCCAGAACGUCAGCGUCUUCGGCGUGCACGACUGCUCCGCCAAGUGCAGCGGUCGAGGGGUGUGCAACAACAACAAGAACUGUCACUGCGAGGCUCACUGGGCGCCGCCGUUCUGUGAUAAGACGGGUUUUGGAGGGAGCAUGGACAGUGGCCCCAUCAGAUUAGCAGACAGCAGGAGUCUGACAGUUGGCAUCCUGGUGGCUCUCCUCACUGUCCUGGGCGCUGGUCUGAUCGUCUGCAUCAAGAGAAAAACUCUGCUCGGCCUCCUGCUCACCAGCAAGAAGAACCCACUCGAGAAGCUCAGAUCGGUGAGUGCAGCAGUCGGCGGCUCACCCGCUCCGAACCCGCCUCCGUCAGCGUGCACGCCACCCGCGUCCGGACCGGCCCCCCCGCUGACGCACAGCACCGCCAUCUUUAAGCCUCCUCACCGGGGAGCGGAGGCGGCGCUCCCACCAGCACCUUACCCCUCCCACAACCUGCGCCGGCUGCCCCAGUGCCCUCCGGUUCACCUCAGCCACCCCGUCCCCCUGGCUCUCACCGUGUCCCUGACCCCCGGGCCUGGGCAGCUGAGGCCUCUGGUGCCUGCGCCUCACCGAGCCCCCCCGCCGCACGCCCACGUGGCACCCAGGGGGGCGUCGUUCCGCACGGCGCAGCGCCACAACUCCUGCAGGAUGGUCAUGGAGUUGGAGAAGCCCAGUCCGCCUCAGAAGCCACUUCCUGCGGAUCCAAGGAGCUCUCGUCUGGUUAGGAGUCACUCAGUGGUGCAGGGCCGCACUGUAGUCCAAGGGCCUCCUGCUGUUUGUGGCCCUGCUCCGAAACCUGGCGUACCCAGACCCUUGCGCCCUGUCCCACACCCCAACAGGCCCAGUCCCAAACAGCCUCCGACACUGCCAAAGCCUUGCAUUGUUGCCAACGUGAAAUACAGCAGCUGA